UCCUUUACAACUUGUACUUAUUUUUCAGCGAUGAAACAAUCUUUUACAGUUUUGAUUUUACUGGUUUUGUUUGCGAUUAGUUUUGCUGCAGACAUAAAAACGGAUCCACUAUGUUGGCAUGACAAGUUAGCGUUGAAAUGUGGACCAGGAAAGGUUAUACAUAUAAUCGACACAUAUUAUGGCACAAACCCACAACAAUCGUGUCCCGGAUACACAACCGGAAACUGUUAUUCUAACACAUCCACAGCUGCAGUACAAUUCAGAUGUGAGGGUGCCAACGCAUGCGCCUUCGCCAUAGAACCAGUAGAAAUUGGAGGCGACCCCUGUUAUCAAAGGAAUAAAGAUUUCACCGUGACCUACAGAUGUAUAGAAAGUCCCGGAACGUUGGCAGAGACCAUCCGGGCGUGCGUCAAUGAAACUCUUGAAAUAGCCUGCGGUCCAGACGCCUUGAUUUCAGUGGCUUCCGCCUUUUAUGGCAGGUCGGAUUCAACCACUUGUCCAUCGACUUCUUCCACAGUGAACGGUGUUUGUCUGUCGGGCACUGCUUUGAACACCAUCAAAUCAAAGUGUGAUGGCAAGGGCAAGUGCUCCAUCAGAAGCUCCCCCGCAGUUUUGGGAAACCCUUGCUCCAGUGCUACUGAGUACUUAAUUUUGAAGUACUAUUGUGUCGUCAAACCCGAUAAUUGUUCCCUUUAAUGUGUGUAUUGUUUGGAGUUUUAAAUAAACGAAUGCAUA